GUAGUAUCCCUUUUGUCAGGUUUCAUUGGUUGUGUUUUUUGUCAUGUCAUUUCGCUGUUUAUGUAAAUUUAAUUCAAAGAUAUUGGAUAAAAUUUAAAUGGACGUUGAGAAUAAGAGUAAAAAUAUUUAAAGAUAUGAUAUAGGCAGCUAAAAAAACGCAUCCAAAUGGUAGAUACAAAAAUUAAAUACGGACCUCUGAUAGGGUCCAUAGAUGAAGGAACUUCGAGCUGUAGAUUUUUGGUCUUUGCUUCAAAAACAGCAGAAGUUUUAACCUAUCAUCAACUUGAAAUUCCUUUUGUUGUUCAGAAAGAAGGGUGGUUUGAACAGGAUCCAAUGUUAAUAUUGAAUGCUGUAAAGGAAACUAUAGAUGUAACCUGUGAUAAUUUAACAAAAUUAAAUAUCAAUUAUGAGGAUAUUAUAGCUAUUGGAAUUACAAAUCAAAGAGAAACAACAGUGUUGUGGGAUUCUACUACAGGAAAGCCUCUAUAUAAUGCUCUAGUGUGGAUGGACAUGCGAACCUCUAGCACAGUUGAUGAUAUUCUUGAACACGGUAAACAUCCUCUCAAUUUUCUUCAAAAUCUUUGUGGAUUACCGGUCAGUCCAUAUUUUAGUGCAUUAAAGAUAAAGUGGCUGAUGGAUAAUGUGAAAGGAGUUCGAAAAGCAAUAGAAGAGGGACGAUGUUUAUUUGGAACCAUUGAUACGUGGCUUGUUUGGAACUUAACAGGAGGUAUACAUGGUGGUUUACAUAUAACUGAUGUUACUAAUGCAUCAAGAACUAUGCUCAUGAAUAUUGAAACAUUACAAUGGGAUCCUCAGUUGUGUAAAGUCUUUGACAUUCCUAUGAACAUCUUACCACAAAUAAGGAGUUCCUCUGAAAUCUAUGGAUAUAUUUAUAAGGUUACUAAGCUGUCGGGAGUACCAAUAGCAGGGAUUUUAGGAGACCAACAAGCAGCGUUAGUUGGUCAGAUGUGCUUCAAUAUUGGUCAAGCAAAAAGUACCUAUGGAACAGGUUGCUUCAUUUUAUACAACACAGGAACAUAUAUAGUAAAAUCAAAUCAUGGUUUAUUAACCACUGUGGCAUACCAAUUGGGACCCGACAAAAAACCUGUUUAUGCUCUGGAAGGGUCAGUGGCAAUAGCAGGAAUUUCAUUGAAAUGGUUACGUGAUAACCUUAACAUUCUAAGUGAUGUUGAUGAAUCUUCAGAAUUAGCCAAAUCUGUUGAUGAACAUGGUGAAGUUUAUUUUGUACCUGCUUUUUCAGGACUAUAUGCACCUUACUGGAGAAAAGAUGCCAGGAGUGUGAUAUGUGGUUUGACAGAGGAAACCAAACCUGGUCACUUGAUUAAAGCCGCUUUGGAAAGUGUGUGCUUUCAAGUAAGGGAUGUACUUGAAGCAAUGACUUUGGAUUGCGGCAACCCUUUGACCAAGCUGCUUGUUGAUGGUGGCAUGACUGUAAACGAUUAUCUAAUGCAGAUGCAAGCAGAUUAUUAUGGAAUACCAGUAGUAAGGCCUGUGAUGUCUGAAACAACCUCCCUAGGCGCUGCAAUAGCUGCGGGAAAUGCCAAAGGUGUUGAAGUUUGGAACAUUGAAAAGAUUGAACCGGUUCCAAGUGAUGUAUUUGUGCCAGUUAUUAGUGAAGAUGUAAGAGAUAUCAAGUAUUCUAGAUGGAAGAUGGCUAUAAAACGAAGUCUGGGUUGGGCAACUGGUGGAAAUGAUAAAAGUCGUUCAGAUUUGCCCCGGUUGGUGGAGAGUGAUCUACAAAAAUCAGAGAGUAGAGUAGCAGCGGCAGUGCCAGUGGGACUUUUCGUCAUAGGAACUGCAGCACUUAUUGUAGUAUCAGAAGUUCUGAAAAGAAUGUAAUUUUUUUUUAUUUAUUUUAUUGUUGAAAGGGUUUUGUUUUUACAAAUGAGGGGAUUGGAAAUCAUACUAGGAACCAAAAAUAUUACACUGCCUGUGUUCUUGUAUUAUACUGGUGUUAUUUUUACAUAAUCAAUUCAUUAAAAAAGUGUGUGAUUUUCGAAUCUGGCGAAUAUUUUGUUCACAUGGUUCAUUUCAGAUUGACUGUGUCAUAUUUCAAGUUCAAAUAUUCUUACAUGUAAACUGUCGAAUUAAUUCUUGUCAAAUGU